GAAACUCAAGCCGGAAGUUGUGAUUAGUGCGGCGGAAGUUUACUACUCGUCCGCGACCAUUCAGAGGAGGGAAUUAAAACGAGUCGAAAGCCAUGUCGUAUUGCUCCUUCUUCGGCGGAGAGGUCUUUAAAGAUCACUUCAAACCAGGGAUUUAUGUUUGCUCCAAGUGUGAUCACCAGCUGUUCUCCAGCCACUCCAAGUAUGAGCACUCAUCACCCUGGCCGGCCUUCACAGAGACCGUCCGUGAGGACAGUGUGUCCAAACAUAAGGAGAGACCCGGGGCGUACAAGGUGCGUUGCGGGAAGUGUGGAAAUGGUCUGGGCCAUGAGUUCGUGAAUGAUGGGCCAGCCAAAGGACUGUCGCGCUUCUGAAUAUUCAGCAGCUCACUGAAGUUCGUCCCUAAAGAUAAGGUUGAUGGGCAGUAAGGUGAGCGUUCACUAGCAAGUGCUGUGGUACUCGAGGUUUCUCUGUUGCUGGAGGUGUGGACAGUCAAUGAAGGGUUCUGGUACAAAGCCCAGCCUGGGAGCACCAGGGCUCUGAUGAACGGUGGACUCACCGGACAGCAAGAACGGAGGACCGGUCACCAACGCUUCUUUUAGCAAUAAUCAUAAACGCCUCUGCCACCGGUUUCACAUCACAGAUCACACAUUCCCCUCCCUGUCUCAUCAGUUUUACCUCAGAUGACACUAAAUCAUGAUGAGAUAAGAGCUUCUCUCACUGCAUGAAGACUUCUCAUUUCUUACUGAAAGGAAAUAUGUUUCAAAACUUUGUCUAAAAAUAAGCUUUUCCAAAGGUGACACAUAUUUAAUAAUAAUAGCCUUUAAAGGCAACGUUGAUGCGCUGAAUCCUGAAAAUAAGUGGCUACACAAUCUAUUUUUAAGAAAUAAAGAUAUAUAUUUGUUUCUGGAACACUCUUGAAAAGGAAUAUGGGUCAAGACAGCUUUGCAAAAAAAUUCAAUAAAUAUAUAUUUUAAAUCAAAA